GUCAAGCGUCGCAAACGUGAAUGUCAACGAACAGAGCCAGCCGACGCAGUAGACACUAAAAUCGCAGUUAAACUUCUUUUAUGUCUCUACAAGUUAGCGCCACCUGUGCAUUUUAGCUGUCGGGAUGUUAUUAAGAUGCUCCGGGCUGCGGCAAAAACGCUUUAUAGCACCUCUGUGUCCAGACGAAUAUUGUUAACUCUCAGGCACUUUUCAAAGAAGACGCCACGGAAGCUCAGAGUUUCUGAGGCAAUUUCAGGCUCUGCAUUGGGAGCCGAUAUCCAAGUAUCAGGCUGGGUUCGCUCUGUCAGAUCGCAGAAGGCAAAUUUGUUCCUGGAUGUGAACGAUGGAAGCUCCCUGCAGUCAUUGCAGAUUGUCGCCAGUCCGAAGCUGAAUGACCCAUUGCUCACGUUCGGGAGUGCCGUGGAAGUGAGAGGAACACUAAAGAAAAGUCAGCACCAAAAACAGCCGGUAGAGCUGGAAGCAGAGCACAUUCACGUCAUUGGAGAAUGUAACAGUGUGGAUUUCCCAUUUAAAAUCAAAGAACGGCACAAUCUGGAGUACAUUCGCCAGUUCCCGCACCUUCGCGGCAGAACAAACGCCUUCAGCGCCCUGCUGAGGAUACGAAGCGAGGCCACUUCAGCCAUUCACUCGUAUUUCAAGGAGAAUGGCUUUUUGCACAUCCACACGCCCAUCAUCACUUCCAACGACUGUGAAGGGGCAGGCGAGCUCUUCCAAAUUGAGCCUUCCUGCCCAGAGAGUGAGGAUCAGAACUUCUUUUCGGUUCCGGCCUACCUGACUGUGUCUGGACAGCUCCACUUGGAGGUGCUGUCAGGGUCAUUUUCCAGAGUUUACACUUUUGGGCCGACCUUUCGCGCAGAGAACUCGCAGAGCCGGCGCCAUCUGGCCGAGUUUUACAUGGUGGAGGCGGAGGUGGCCUUCACUCAGUCCAUCCAGGACCUCACCAAGGUCAUGGAGGACGUGUUCAGGUGGACCACCGAGCACGUGUUGGCCCGCUGUGCUCAUGACGUGGAUGUGUUUCAUAAGCACGUGACACCUGGGCACAGGGAUGCUGUGGAGGCCAUGCUGAAGGAGCGCUUCCACGUGAUCACCUACAGCGAGGCCAUAAACAUCCUAAACCGCAGCUGUCAGACAUUCACCUUCCCAACAAACUGGGGCUGCAACCUUCAGACGGAGCAUGAGAAGUACCUAGUGAAACAUUGCGGCGAGCGUCCUGUCUUUGUCACUGAUUAUCCCUACCGGCUCAAACCCUUCUAUGCCAGAGACAACCGGGACAGUCCCGAGCACACGGCUGCCGCCGUGGACCUUCUGGUGCCGGGUGUCGGGGAGCUAUGCGGGGGCUCGCUGAGGGAGGAGAGGCUGGACCUGCUGAGAGCUCGCCUGGAGGAGGUGGGAUUGGAAGACACCUACAGCUGGUAUUUGGAUUUGAGGCGCUUUGGCUCCGUCCCGCACGGCGGCUUCGGGAUGGGGUUUGAACGAUACCUGCUGUGCAUUCUGGGAGUGGACAACAUCAAAGAUGUGAUUCCUUUUCCCAGAUUUUCACACUCAUGUCUUCUAUAAGUAACGUGUUUUUCCUCUGAUAUUUAACAUGAUAUUGCUUCAGUAAAUCCCCAUCUGAAGUCCUAAUGUGUGCUUUUGCUGCUGUCAUGUUCAUUGAUGCAAAGAUUUGUGCAAUAGUUAGACAUGGAAGCUCGAUAUUGUCAUGCUAGGAGACAAAAUAGAGCCCAAAAUAGAUGACAGAAAUAGCUUCUCUGUGGAAAUACUUUUAUAGAAUAUGUUGGGUUACAUUGAACAUUAGGUACUCCAGCACUUCCCUUAUUUAUCGUGUGGGAUAGGCUCCCAAAAUAGCCUGCCAUUAGUGAAAUCCCAGAAGUAGCCAAUUUAAUUUUUUUUUUACAAUUAUUAGAUAUGUUUUAAGGCUGUAAAAGAGAAUAAGCAAUCCUGUCAAGUUUUAAUCUCACGACAUCUUAAUUGUGUAAAAAGUGUCAAAACAAAUUAAAGAGGUGUCCAAACUUUUUUCACCGAGG